AUGACAGCCGAUCCAGGAGCUGGUAUGACUUUCCAGGUAGAUCCAAAGAAACCUAUCGGUGGUCAUAUACUUGCUCAUGCUUCAACAACACGUAUUAUGCUGAAGAAAGGCCGCGGAGAGACUCGCAUUGCUAAGGUAAUGAACACUCCAAAUGAUAUCGAGCCAUUUGUUUAUAGUGUCCAGCCAUCUCAAAUCUGUUCCUACUGGUAUUCCCCAAUCCAUAGCCCACUUCAUCAUGUUGCGAAUGGAGUAGAUCCAAAGAAACCUAUCGGUGGUCAUAUACUUGCUCAUGCUUCAACAACACGUAUUAUGCUGAAGAAAGGCCGCGGAGAGACUCGCAUUGCUAAGAUCUAUGAUAGUCCUGACAUGCCAGAAAACGAGGCCACAUUUGCGAUCACAAAUGGAGGAAUUGUUGAUGCAAAAGAAUAG